UCUGCCAACCAGUCCUGGAGGAACCGUGGGCCCAACCGGAGCCGCACGCGCGCGCGUCGUCAAACCGUCGCGAUAACUUUUCGUCGUCUAAAAGAGAUUUUUUUUACCGACAAAGGUGAUAAGCACGACGGGGUCGCUGAACCUGCUUCUCCGCUCUUUCUUUUUCGCGAACGCUUUAUUGCGUUAGUGCGUUCUGUUAGCGCGUUACUUCGCUCGUUCGGAACUUGUGCGAGACGCAAAUCGUGCCGAGAAUGAAACCGCCAGGAUCGUAAGGUCGAGCGUCGACCGAAGAGGCAUGGAGAGGCGCGAGAGAGUGAUAUGGAUGACGUGAGAUAAAAAAGAAAAGAUAAAAAUCGCGUGACGAGAGACCUAGUGGUAAUUUAAAUGGAUCAACGCGCCGGUUUCGCGAGGCGCAGCGGCGUUGUUAAUCGAGACUGAAGAGCCGUGGGGCGGGGAGGUAGAUUCCACGUUGAUGGAACAUUAGAGAUCCACUCGGCGAAAAGAUGCGGGGUAGACCUGCCUUCCUCGCCAUAUUGCUGGGCACGAUAUUCGGCGUCCUCGGCGCGUCUCUCAGCAAGGCGCUCAGGUACAAAGCACCGGACGAAUGCAAGUGGAUCACGACCGGCGACGCCGAGGAUGACGUGUCGCUCGUAUGCCGUUUACGUACCAUCAACAGCGAGCUGGAGAAUACGAAUUUUAGCGUGAUACAGCCGCAGCACACGGUGCGUCUGCGACUGGAAUGCAGCGACGCGCUCUUCUAUCAGAGCUCGUUGAGCGCCGGCAGCUUUCGGCCGCUGGUCGAGCUACGCGAGCUCGUCAUCGAGUACUGCAAGAUCGGUAAUCUGUCGGACGACGCGUUCAAGGGACUCAGGGAGCUGCGAAAUCUCACAGUGAGGACUCACAACACCGAUUGGUCAGCCAUGGCGCUCGAUGUCUCCGCCGGCGCCUUCACCGACGAGCUUCGACAGCUAGAGAAGCUCGAUCUCGGUGAGAAUAACAUGUGGAGCAUACCGGAGGGCGCGCUCUGUCCCCUCGUCAAUCUCGAGAUUUUGAAUCUGACGAGAAACCGGCUCAGGGAUAUCGCUGGUUUUCGCUUCAACGCCGCGGCGAGAUGCCUGACGAAUCUCAGGGAACUGGAUCUCAGCAAUAACAGCAUCGAGUCGCUACCGAGUGCAGCGUUUUCCGGUUUGACGAGGCUGCACAGUCUGGAUUUGCGGUGCAACGCCAUCGGUUUCAUGGCGGACCGCGCGUUCGAAGGCCUCUCCUCGCUGGCCAUCUUGCGGCUCGCCGACAAUCGUCUCGCCAGCCUGCCACCCGAGUUGUUUGGCGACGCUCGAGAUAUACAGGAAAUUCAUCUGCGUAACAACACGCUGAGCGUCUUGCCACCUGGACUGUUCAGUGAGUUAGAAAAGUUGCUAGUGUUGGAUCUCUCGCAUAACGAGUUGACGGCGGAAUGGGUAAACGCGGCCACGUUCAGCAAUUUAAAGCGUCUAGUGGUGCUGGAUCUCUCGAGCAAUCAUAUCGCGCGGCUUGACCCGACCGUCUUUCGCGAUUUGUUCAGCUUGCAGAUUCUGCGGCUGCAGGAAAAUCUACUGGAAAGUCUACCGGAGAACACGUUCUCGGCGCUCCACAAUUUGCAUACGUUGCUACUCAGCGACAAUCGUUUGACCAUCAUAGAUGCCACCACGCUGAGUGGUCUCUAUGUGCUCAGCCUCCUCUCGCUAGACAACAACCGGUUGCACACGAUACAUCCGAGCUCCCUGAGAAACGCUUCAUCCCUGCACGACUUUCAUCUUAACGGUAACCGGCUGACUUCGGUGCCGGACGCGCUCAACGCCACUCCCCUCUUGCAUACUCUCGACCUCGGCGAGAACCUCAUCUCCGAAAUACCGAGCGGCACCUUCGACCACGUGGCGCAGUUAUACGGACUUCGAUUAACCGAAAAUCAUAUUGGCAAUCUCACCAAAGGCGUUUUCGAUCGUAUCAAAGAACUCAAGAUCUUGAACCUUUCGCGUAACCGCAUACAGUACAUCGAACCCGGGACCUUUGAUGAGAAUCUUAAUUUACAGGCAAUACGGCUUGAUGGCAAUCAAUUGAUCGACAUUACCCAUCUCUUCUCCAAGCUGCCGAAUCUCGUCUGGCUAAACGUCAGCGACAAUAAGCUCAAGUGGUUCGACUACGCCAUGAUACCGACCGGAUUGCAAUGGCUCGACAUACACUCGAACGAGAUCCGUGAGCUCGGCAACUACCUCGAGAUCGAGAUGCAACUGCAGUUGAGCACCUUUGACGCGAGCGAGAAUAAGCUUACCGAGAUCACCGGCAACGCGAUUCCCAUGAGCGUCGAGCUAUUGUUUCUCAACGACAAUCUCAUCUCCAAGGUGCAAAGUUAUUCGUUCUUCAAGAAGCCCAAUCUGACGCGAGUCGAUCUCAAGGGCAACCAGAUCCGGAAUCUCGAGCCAUACGCGUUACGCAUCAGCGCGGUACCGCCUGACAAACCUCUGCCUGAGUUUUACAUCGGCGACAAUCAGUAUCUCUGCGAUUGCACGAUGGAGUGGCUGCAACGCGUCAAUCGACAAAAUCAGACGCGGGUGCAACCGCGCGUGAUGGACCUCGAGAGUAUCUAUUGCAAACUCUUGUACGAUCGCGAACACGUGUUUGUGCCGCUGGUCGAGGCAUCGCACUCGCAAUUCCUCUGCAAGUACGAGACUCAUUGCUUCGCCCUGUGCCACUGCUGCGACUUUGACGCGUGCGACUGCGAGAUGACGUGUCCGCACAACUGCACGUGCUAUCACGAUCAAUCAUGGUCGGCCAACGUGGUCGACUGCUCGAAUGGCGGCCACGCGAAUCAGUUGCCCGAGCAGAUACCGAUGGACGCUACGCGGCUUUAUCUGGACGGCAACGAUCUGCGAGUCGUAUCGAGCCACGCCUUCAUCGGUCGCAAGAAACUCAAAGUGCUGUUCCUCAACUCGUCCAACAUCGAGAUCGUGCAAAACAGAUCGUUCAACGGGUUGCGCGAUCUCGACGAUCUACACCUGCAGGAUAACCGGAUACGCGAAUUGCGCGGCCACGAGUUCGAGGGACUGGACGCGUUGCGGCAGCUGCACCUGCAACGUAACCGCAUCGUCGCGAUCGGCAACGACACGUUCGCGUCGCUGCACUCCCUGCGGAUUCUACAGCUACAGAACAAUCGUUUGACAAAUCUGGCGUUAUGGUCGCUGCCAGGCUCGAUCGAGAUCAGCCUGGCUGGAAAUCCUUGGUCCUGCGAAUGUGACUAUCUCCGGAGCUAUCGCGAGUGGAUGCGCGAGCCGAGCGUCCGCGUUACGGACGCGUCCGCGUUGCGUUGCGUGUACAACGUCACGGAAUUCGAGGCGUUCGGCGACGAGGUGUUUACGGAUGACGAUUUCGGUUUUUCGGUGAGUGCGAGCGAGCGCGUCAACGGUAACGAGAGUGUCUGCACCGAUGCGAUCAACAUCGAUGACGACGCGCAUCGCAAUUAUACCAAGACCAUCAUCGAGAGACAGAUACUGCAGGAUUAUCUGCCGCUGCUGGUGGCGACCCUAGUCAGCUCCCUCGUGGUGAUCCUCCUGUGCUUGCUCGCCUUUGUGUACCGUCACGAGUUGCGCGUAUGGUUCCACUCGCGUUUCGGCGUGCGAAUAUUCUAUCGGACCAACGAGAUCGACCGGGACGAUCGGGACAAGCUGUUCGACGCGUUCGUGAGCUACAGCUCCAAGGACGAGGCGUUCGUUGCCGAGGAGUUGGCGCCGGUGCUCGAGAUGGGCAAUCCAUCGUAUAAACUGUGCCUGCACUAUCGAGACUUUCCGGUCGGCAGCUUCAUCGCCGAUACGAUCGUGCAAGCGGUGGAAUCGUCGCGUCGCACAAUAAUCGUGCUGUCGGAGAACUUUAUCAAAUCCGAGUGGUGUCGCUUCGACUUCAAGUCGGCGCAUCACCAAGUACUGAGGGACAGAAGACGCCGGCUAAUCCUCGUGCUAGUCGGCGACGUGCAUCAGCGCGAUCUCGACCCGGACAUACGACUGUAUUUAAAAACCAAUACUUAUCUACAGUGGGGUGACAAGCUGUUCUGGGAGAAGCUGCGAUUCGCAUUGCCGGACGUGCCUAAUAAUCAACGGACGACGCAGCAGCGGACGAGGCAGCCGCCGCCGGUUCGACGGCAACAUAACAAUAGAACGUCCAAUGGAUCGCGCACCGUGUCCGUCCAUAUAUGAUUCGUUUGUACGCGUGUGUCAAGUGAAUCAUUGUCGUGUCGUCGAGCGAACAACGGACGAAAGACACGUGAGAGAAGACGAGCCUACGCUCGUGAAUCUGCAUUCAAUUCUCAAGAUGCAUUCAGACGAGGUGCAAUACGACGGUAUAGUGUGUGUAAAUAAAAAAAAUACGGAGGAUCUAUAUGUAUAAAUAAAGCGUGCCACGUGUACAUAAACGGUGUGUGAUAAGAAGGACAAAGUAUUUCAGAUGCUCUCUGCGGACGGAACGUGUAAACCAGGUGUGUUACGCGCGACACGUAAAAUCUGACACAUUAUUGUUAAGCGAGGGGGAGGGGAUAAUUGAAACGAAAUCAUUGUGUAAAUAGAAUGUCGCGCAAUUACGAGCAAACUAAGACCGUUACUCAGCUCACGUGCAACGAUUACGAUUGAGAGUAACGGUGCGUGCAUAAAUACGUAAUAUGUGCGUCGUAAUCGUAAAAGAGAUGCAGCCUAUUGCGGCCGUGUACUUAAAAUUCGUUACUUUUAUGCGUCCUCGUUGUUGAAGAGAUUGACGACCGUUAUUAUCGAUCCGACUGUAACGCGAAUAAUUACACAGAUCAGCAGACCGCGUUGCAUUUCUCGGAGCGAGUGUCGCAUCGUAAUAAUUUUAAUUUCAUCGGCAGCUGUGCCUCUCGCAUCCACGAUCAGCUUUUACACUAAAAUAUCGCUUAAAUAUCAAAUCGACGCACCUGUCUGACGCAACACGACGACUCGACUGUUUAAGCCUGGCUCAAGCCAACACACAGUGAUAUAACUUCCUAAUUAUAAUUAUUAUGUAUAUUUAAUUGUGUUUCCACUCUCUGGUUGAUGACGAAUUUCAUCCAGCAAUAACGAGCUUACGAGUGUCUCGGCGGCAGAAGCGUUGAUAACGCUUCACGGUGAUAAUGGCAAAUUUAGGGGGCGAACAUUGUAAAGUAUUAUUUUAGCCUUAUUUAUUUCGUUCGAAUCGAUAAAGAGACUUUAUGUACGACUUGAGUGCGCUCCGUUUUGUAAUGAGAGUGA